CAGGCCAACUUAGGAGGAGGCCACGCCUCGCCCCCAGCUCACGGAGUGGCGUCACUUCCGGCGUGUGCGUCUGGCGUCCGCUCGCCGUGGGAUGGCGGCUCUGAGGAGCUGGCUGUCGCGGAGCGUAAUUUCCCUUUUCAGGUACAGACAGUGUGUUCCUGUUGUGGCUGACUUUAAAAAGCGCUGUUUCUCAGAAUUGAUAAGACCAUGGCACAAAACUUUGGCAGUUGGAUUUGGUGUAACCCUGUGUGCAAUUCCUAUCGUACAGAAAUCAGAGCCUCAUUCUCUUAGUAACGAUGCCCUGAUGAGGAGGGCUGUGUCUUUGGUGACAGAUAGCACCUCUACCUUUCUCUCUCAGACCACAUAUGCAUUGAUUGAAGCAGUCACUGAAUACACUAAGGCUGUUUAUACCUUAAUUUCUUUGUACCGACAAUAUACAAGUUUACUUGGGAAAAUGAAUUCACAGGAGGAAGAUGAAGUGUGGCAGGUGAUCAUUGGAGCCAGAGUUGAGAUGACCUCAAAACAACAAGAAUACUUGAAGCUGGAAACCACCUGGAUGACUGCAGUUGGUCUUUCAGAGAUGGCAGCAGAAGCUGCAUACCAGACUGGAGCAGAUCAGGCCUCUGUAACUGCCAGGAACCACAUCCAGCUGGUGAAAUCGCAGGUGCAGGAGGUGCGCCAGCUCUCCCAGAAAGCAGAAACCAAGUUGGCAGAAGCACAGACAGAAGAACUCCGUCAGAAAGCAAAGGAAGAAGGGAACGAGAGGACUGAGCCAGAGCAGGAGGCCUACCUGCGUGAAGAUUGAGGGUCUGAGCUGCUGCCCCCAUCUGCCCACUCAGUCUGGGGAAGCAAGGGCAGAUGCCAUCUGGGCCAGAGUCAUCACAGCCUUCUCUACACAGAGGAGGCGGCAUGUCCUGCCCAGUCUAUCAGCCCAGAAGCCUUUGUGAGCCGUGAGCACUUGUCCCCUUUGCCCAUGGUCUCAGGCUCCUGGCCCUGUAGAAGCCCACAGCCAGCUGGUGAGCCCCACACCCCGCUUAUUAACACCUCACCCUGCUCAGCACAGCCACCCUCUCACCCUCCAGUUUUUAUGUCUCCCACACAGAGCGUCUCAUUAGCCUGGCCAAAGAGAGGUGUCCUUCUGCCAUGCCCACCAGUUCAUUAGCUGUUAAACCUGUUUCCAAUCUUACAUUUUCAGAUACGAUUUAGUAUUUGCUCCCUUCACAAGGAUGUGCAUUUUGGGGGAAAUGGGGAGCCUGUCCUGUUUGUAAGAAUUAUUUUUUUAAGUUUCUGAUCUGGCCAAAAGCCCAUUAUUGAGCUGAAUGCAGUGUGUGUACCUGGUGCUCUUAACAGGACAUAUUCCAACACA